UGUAAUUAUACACCAGAUGCUUCACUGUUGUACCAGAUGACCAAGUCGUCUAUAUUGCUUACUUAACAAUUUAGAUACGGGUUGCUUUGCGUUGUUGAAUUAUCAGUCAAAUCCCUAAUAUGCUUGGGAAUAUCUGCCUGUGCCUUAUCAGCAUUGUAAUACAUUAUACAACAGCAACUAUUCAAUCAUUAUACUGUCCACCUACAUAUAAUAAAUGUCUGUAUGACAGAAGUAGCAAUUCAAGACCAAAGGACGUACCAGGAGAGGAAAUUGUCAGUUAUUGCAUUAAUAAGUUUUUAUGGGAAAAUCCUCCAUUUGACUAUAAGGAAGAUGAUGAAGUAUUGAAUUUUGUGAGACAAAUGUUUGUUAAAUCCCAGUUUGAUAAGAAAAAGAAAAAACUGUUUGUUCGGAAAGAAUAUAGAAUGCUGACAAAGAAGGAAAGAGAAAAAUACCAUGCAGCUAUCAAUAGACUAAAGAAUGAUAAGAGCCUGAAACCAAAUGUGUAUGAUUGUCUUGCAAAUUUCCACAGGAGUUCCUCUGUCAAAAACGCCCAUUUUGGAUCGGCAUUUCUUCCGUGGCAUCGUCUCUUAUUAACCAUAGUUGAAACUGCUUUGGAUUGUGCAAUUCCAUACUGGGAUCCAACUCUUGACAACAGAUUAAAAAAUCCAUCAGAUUCAUGUUUGUUUACGAAAAAAUUUGUAGGAAGUCCAAAUGGAAAAAUUGGCUAUCCAUUUAACAACUGGAAGCAUGAGGGAGGAGGAUAUGUAAUACGCAAUGUCGGGGGUUUUGGAGGUGAGUUACUAACAAAGAAAAAUGUAAACGAUGUUUUGUCCAAAAAACGUCACUCUGAGAUAACAAACAGUAAAAGUAGACGUUAUUUCCUGGAGGAACUGCACGGUAAAUGUCAUUCUUUUGUCGGCGGUAAUAUGGCAAAACUGAUAACUGCACCACAUGAUCCUUUGUUUUGGAGCUUGCAUGCAUUUGUUGAUUGCUGGUGGGAAAAAUUUAGACAAAAACAACAGAAAAAUGGAAUCAAUCCAGAAAAAGAUUAUCCUUAUACUAGAAAGAUAGGACACCGACCUUACGAUUUGAUGGAUGGUUUUGGAAAAUUGACAAAUCAAGGGUUUGGCAUAUCAGAAAAAUUUACCGUAUCCGAUAAAACACACACAUUUAAGAGGUUUCGAAAUAUAGAUGGAUUUUCUAACCGUUUCACUAAGGACAUAUACACAUGUCAGCCGUUUCCGUCUUGUAGUAAAAGUAAACCAAGCUGUGGGUCUCCCUGGCUUGAUUGUAACAAAUUAACAUGGGAGUGUGUUCCAAAAACAAAUAAAGCCGAUCUCGAUAGAUUAGAUGCAACUCCAAGUUUUCUAAACACCGUGCAAAAUCCAUUCGAAAUUAAUGGAAAUGCAGAUUCUAAUCAAUGGGUUUAUAUAAAUUGCUUAAUAGUGUUUAAACGCCCACGAAAUGUCACGUUUAAUUCGUUUCCAAUUCACAAGGGUAUAACAUCAAAAAAGAAUGAUAUUUAUGCUGAUAGGAGCAAGAACUUAAAAAAAUCUUUUCCUAAGGCAUACGAAAAACACAUAAACAUUGGUUCGGGAUUCGAAAAGGUGAAUAUUCGUGUGGAAGGGACAAAUUACGAUGGCAGGUCAGUAGAGUAUGCUAUUGUAGACGAUAGGUUUGGGAUAAGUGAAGCAAUGACCUAUUUACCUGUACGGAAACCAAUGAACCAUAAAGCGACACAGGUAUUGUUAACAGCAUUCGACACAGGUGGCAGGUUAUGUCGACCCUAUUGCAGAGACAGAAAAGAUCCAAAAAAAUUUGUUCCGUGUACAGGCUGCUUAAAGAUAGAUACCAAUGAACCUCGGAUCUACAGUAAUUCUUAUGCUGAAAGUGUAUCGAAAAGAUGGAAUUUGCAUGAUAGCAAUGAUAUAAGCUGUCCUAGGUCGAGCAAUGACGGAGUGUAUAUCAAGUUCUUCUGUAAUUUUCUAGACUUAUGGCCAUGGGAAAAAGUAUGAGUCAAACGAUUAUUUAUCAGAUAUGUAUUUAACUUAAACACAUUACAAUUUACACUGAUAAAACUUCUGUACUGCAAAAAAUUGUGUUUUGGAAAUUCAAAUGAUGUUCCUUAUUAUUACCUGAAUGAUGCUUCUUAAAAAAAGACGUCUGUC